UCCGCGAACGACAACUUCCUAAUCCAGAAGAGAUCGACAUUACAUGCGUCUGAAUAGGCCAGACUUCGAGGCCGAUGCACAAUGUCUCGUGCUGGAUAUCAGCGAGAGUACCACAUUGCCGUGCUCGGCUCCGGCGGUGUUGGGAAGAGCUGCCUGACUAUGCAAUUCGUGCAAGGUAUCUUUGUGGAGCGGUAUGAUCCUACCAUCGAAGACUCGUACCGAAAGCACAUCGACGUGGACGGUAGGCAUGUGGUCCUCGAAAUCAUGGAUACGGCAGGCACAGAGCAAUUUACGGCCAUGAGGGACAUGUACAUGAGAAUCAGCCAGGGCUUUCUUCUGGUAUUCAGCAUUACCUCCGCUUCGUCUUUGCGGGAAUUAGUCGAACUCCGCGAUCAAAUCGUCCGAACGAAAGGCGACCCGAACUUCCCCAUCGUUCUUGUCGGGAACAAGAGCGACCUCGAAGAAGACCGCGCAGUAUCACGAGCAAAAGCGUUCCAGCUAUCCCAAAGCUGGGGUAACAUACCUUAUUACGAAACGAGUGCACGACGAGCGACGAAUAUCAGCGAAGUGUUCAUAGAUGUGUGCAGGCAAAUCAUACGGAAAGACCUUUCAAGAGCGCGGCCGGAGGAUCGUGAUCGACACCAUAGACGAAGGAAAAACAAGAGUAGCAGAAGAGAUGAUCACGACAGAGGAGGCUCACGGUGCACGAUACUAUGAUCUGGAAGACGAGCAUCAAUCAGGAUUGAUGUCUUCGAAAUUUGCAUGUGACAAUAAAUCUCAUGGCGGCUUUUGUGACUCCUUUUGGUGAAAAUCUUUGCAUAAGGGACAAGUUCCAGGUUGCUUGCGUUGCAGUAGCAUCGCUUAAGCUUACAGCCCUACAGUUGGGGAACUUUUCGAGUCAGCGUUCAGCAUUAGCGAAGACCCCGAAGAUACGGCACUUGUAGUCUCUAAAUCUCCAUG